AUGCCAACACCCCGGUAUUUCGCCCAAGCCCCUGCCUUCCCCGCUGAGACUCCAGUCGCAAGUCUACCGACUAUCUCUCUUCAAGGUCUGCAGAAUGGGAGCUCCAUCGAAGGGCAGAAGUUGUUCGAAGCAUGUAGAGAAUGGGGAUUCUUUCUGAUAGACCUGAGAGAUUCCGAUGACGGAACGACAUUGUUACAAGAUGCGGAGAGGAUGUUCGAUCUCACUACAGAGCUCUUCGCUCUGGACCAGGCAAUCCUGGAUCGAUAUGUGUACGAUGCGCCGAGAGAUCUCACUGGGUACAAAAGCAUGGGCCGAUUAAAGACCGACGAUGGCAAGACAGACCAUAUGCAUUUGUAUUCUAUCAAUCAAGACGACAUCUUGGGAAAUCGUCCUCCACGGACUAACGCCGGUCCAAUCGAGUCUAAGCGCACACAACUCCAAGCGUUUAUCAGACAUUGCUCUGCAGCAUUAGGGGUGAUUCUUCGUGCGUUGGACGACCAACUCGGUCUGGAGCAGGGUACACUGGCUGCACUCAGUCCACUGGAAGAUGAGUCGGAGACAUCAGUGCGUCUUCUUUGUAGUCCGCCUCAGUCUGCCUUGGAAUAUGAUCGCAUCAUACUGGGCGGACACACCGAUAUCGGUACUAUGACAGUGCUGUUCCACGUGGUGGGCGGACUCCAGAUUCUUCCAGCUGGGAAGGAGAACGUUAUGGAGAACUGGCAGUAUGCUCGACCCGAACCGGGCUGUGCGCUGGUGAAUGUCGGUGAUACGCUGGUAGAAUGGACAGGUGAACUGUUGCGCAGCUCGUUGCAUCGGGUGAUGACAGCCCCAGGAGAUCAGGCAUUGGUACAGCGCCAAAGUGUGGCCUAUUUGGUUCGACCUGCACAGAAGGCAUCCAUGCGGCGCAUUCGAGGGGGCAAGAUCCCUCCCUUGGCCGGAGGGGAAGAGGAGACACGCCCGGUUAAUGAGUGGGCGGCUUGGAGGUCGCGGCAAAUCAUGAUGGGUCACUUGAAGCCGCAAAGCCGAGGUGGAAAUGUGGCGAUCAAUGCAUGA